AGCUCAGAGAAAAACGUACGCAUACAUAUACAUACAUACAUACAGAAAGUACACAACAAUUUUUUGUACACCGAGAAAAGUCGCCGAUCGCCUCCUGAUUCGCACAAAUCCUUAACGAUGGAAACGUUCGAGAAGCCAGCCGACCUGUACGCGUACUUGUAUUUAUAAUUUAAACGUUGCUUAGCAGGUAGUUGUUUCCGAUUAUUUAAUUUACCGACGGUUCUGCGACGGCCGCGCGGAAUUCUUUUCUUUCUGAGCGAGCCCCGUUCGCGGGUGAACAGAAGCAGGCAUCGCGUUUCGAAUCGUGUGCCGUUGUGCUCUUGAGUUUUUUUUCUGUUUUUUUUCCGUUUCGUUAGGGACUUCCGGUUUCGGCGAUGCCGAGGCACGGCGGAGUCGGUCCUACGCGUAGACGAAACGACUCCGGCCGUGUCCGAGAAACGUUGCACGUGGUCCUCCGACGCGCUUGAACUUGUAACAAUCGAGUAAUAGUGAAAGUUCGUCUAUUUAUUUUAAUUAAAUAAUGCUGAUAAUCACGUUAAUCGUAUGCUGUUGACAUGCGCGUGUUUCAUUUUGGCGGAUGAGGAUAACGAAGCAUGUCGCAUUAGAUGUGAGAGAGUGAUAGGAAGAGAAUGUGUGCGUGCGUGUGCGUGUGCGUGUGUGUGUGUGAAAGAGAGAGAGAUGAUGAUGAUGAACGUUAGAUUAAAACGGGAAGUAGAAUUACAGAUUUUAUAGGGGGUUCUUUUUUCUAGCAAUGAAUUUAUAAUGUCUUGUUGUAAAUUUAUUGUAAAAAAAAGGGGUAUUAUGAUACAAAGACACGUACUAAAGAACGGGACAAAUAAGAGUAAUAUAGUAUUUGCAAUAAACAAAAAUGUUUCUUUUACAACAACUCAAGCGUAACUUGUUUUUUCUUUUGUUCUUCAUACGUUGUUCUUGUUUGGUUCGAUGUUGGAAUGUUCCGUUGACGGUUCACUUGGGACCUUCGUGCUCGUUGUAUCGUGUUCCUUUGAUCGUUGUGUAAUCUUAAUGGUAAUCGAUGUUCACGAAAUUGUGUUGUGCGUGUAACGGGUGUGCAGUGUACACUGGUCUCUUGAACUUACCACGGGAAUAGGUAAUGCAAGUGUGCCUUAAGAUGGAACGAAAGAUUUUCUUCUGGUUCGUUGAAGGGAACAGGAUUCGGGGGGUUCAGAGGAUCUAAUCGAAGAACAUCGAAUAUGUAUGUAACGCACAAGAUAUCUGCAACGCUUCAGCCUCUGUACCCUUCGAUUAUUCGCGUUGCUUUUACGACGAAGCACGACAGAAAGUUCGCUUAUGUCUUUCUUUCUCAGAGGUUUCACUUUAUUUCUCCGAGAGGUGUGCAAACUAUGGUAAUUUCAAGCGCGCGUUUACUCUGUACACUCUUACAACAGAAACAAACAAACGAGAAGAAAAAGAUACUGUAAUUGAGAAAAUUCGAUAUACCUCCGAUCUUUCUUUGACUAAUUUACACGGCACUCGCAUCGUAAUCAUUCUAAUCCAUCGUUCUUACUGGUAGCCGGCGAUGCCGUGCGAAAACGGCGGGAUUAUUGGAAAUACUUGAUUCGAAAUUCAAAUCCCCGUGCGAUUUUGCGAACUAACGAUCGAUCAUUGUAUCGAUCGAUCAACUGCCUUCCGAUGUCGAUAUAUCGUUACGAUAUCGAACGAUCGAUCAAAUCGUUCGCGCCUUUUUUUCAGCGAGGUUAGCGUCGCCAUCUUGUAAGGGAAGAAAGAAAUUGUUAUUCGAAACGAAACGCGACAUUCGAGGAGAAUAAGAAGAGGACGAUGCUGUCGAUGAAGAACAGUAAGUUUCUUUUCGAGAAACAUUUCGGGAAAUUCGAUUGUUGUCGCGUCGGUUUUUCGUUUGCGCGAGAUAACCUUGGUUUUAGGUUAUGCGAACAGCGCGAGGUUAUAAAAUGAACAAUUUCUGUUCCGAUGCAUCGAAGUGUCCCGGGUAAUUGGCGGGCGAUCGCUACCGAGCAAACAACGAAAUGCGAAGCAGAUUAACGUACUGCCUAAAUUUUAGCCUGAGAAAUUAACCGUUCGCGAUUAGGGGUGCAUGAAACCAACGCAAAUUAAAUUGAAUCAAAUAAGAAGAAGACGAGAAAAACGAGAAGAAGACGGAUAGAAAAACGGAUAGUAAGGUUUUAAUUUAUCUUUCGUUUUCUUUCUCUUGUAAUUGUCGAUUGUUCAUUUUUCCGUUUGGAAUGUCGAGUUUUGAUUUGUUUACCAGCACUACGGUGAUUUUUAGAGCGACUACGGAUCCGCGCAGAGACACCGCCGAACGUAACCAAAGCGAGACCACGAGAAAGAGAAAUUUCCUCUGUGAGUUUAUUUUUGCGUGCUUACGAGAGAGGGGUGUAUCGUCGAACGAGAGAACAAUUGUACGAUCUGUUGCGUUGUUUUGCCCAUGUUUCGAUUGAAAAGAGACAAACAAACGGAGAACGGAGAGAAACGAACAGCUUCGAUUGCAAAAGUAAAUAUGUAAUUAUGGUAAUUACUAUACGAUUCACUCUUUCGCUGCGAGAGUCCUAUCCGUCGUGACACUCUCGUCGACCUUCAAAGAUGCAAGGCGAGUUCCAUUAACACGUUCACUGCUCUGUCAAUUAUUUAUUUAUUUACUUUUUCAAAAGUGACAAAGGUACCAUUUAGUCACUUGUGUGUCUACCGUGGCGGUCAACGUGUUAAUGAUAUCGCUUGAAAAACAAUGUCUUCGAACGAUAACGAUAACUGUUAACAAACGACAGAAAAAGAGAGAGCAGCUAUAGUCGGCCGUCGUGGCAAAAGAGUUAAAUACAGGAAUAAUUUGUUCUCUUCGCGAUCAAGAACACCGAGACGUUCCGUUACGGUAACGACGCGUGUUUCGAACGCAUCGAAUCCGCAGUCGACCAUUUAGAAUUAUCCGUAUCGAUACUUUGAUAACCGAGGGAAUCACACCUCGCCGGACAUUGUUCUCUGUUCAGAAGUUUGUAACUGAAAUUGUCGUAAAUUUUGGACUAAUAAAAAUACUAUUUGAAAAAUAGACGUUGGGCCGAAUCUUCGUCGUCGUUUCGCACGAUUAUUUUAUCUUUUGAAAUUUUUCUUUUCGGUUUCAACAAUGUUCGUUUGCCCAAGUUUGCCGUCAACUACGUAACACGCUGACGCAGUUGCAAAUUCCUGGGUUAUUACGAAUUCUGCUAAUUUGAAAUUCUGUUUAUGGAGAUUCAUGAUUUAUUGCGUAUUCAGACGUUUUUUAACCGUAGAUAACUGAUUUGAGAAUGCUGUCAGCAUUUGAAAAUGAAAAAUAAAAUCAUUUUUUUACCUGGUAUCAAUGCCAGGAACAAAGUUCGUUAAGGAAAUUUGCUACGCAGUCAGACGGUUUUUUUUCAAAUGAAUUAAUAAGAAAUCGGUCAGUCGGACUGUUAAUGCGAUAUGCUGCAAGAUUUACUGUCCGUAAGGCAACUGGAACACACCUUUUCCUGUACUCGACUGCUAUCCAUUUUGGUUAGUUUCUUUAGGAAUAUUUUUUGCGUCUAAUACCAGAAGACUAACUUCUUCCUCUAAUAAUUUACAAUUUAUGGAAGAUCCUUUAAAGAUGCUGUGUCGGUGCUAAAUGAAUUUUGUUAGAAUUGAUUUCAAAAAAACAAUUUAUUUCUAUAACAUUUGAAUCGAAAUAAAAAAGAAUAAUGGAAGGUGAAUUGAAGCACAAUAUUACAAAGUUAUUGGAAAAGUUGCGAUUCGUUGUAAAAUCAGAGAAAGAAAUUGAAGAUAUUAUCCAAGUUUUGGAUUCUAUUGUUAAUGUUAGUAAAACAUCUAUUGGAGAAUUUAAUGAGUUCGCAGUGGACGAUGUAUUCUUAACGUUACUGUACCACGAGUCUAAAGAAAUUAUUGCAAAGACUGCCAAGGCAAUUGCAGAAAUUGCCAAAAGUGAAAGGGGUAGGGAGAAAUGCACUACAACAGACAUAGUGAAUGCGCUGAUAAAUUUAUUGAAAGAUGAUCGUGUGGAUGUUUUAACACAAACUUCCAGGGCUCUGGGAAAUAUUUGUUAUCAGAAUGAAAAUGGUCAGAAAUUUGUUGAAGAUCAAAAUGGAUUGAAAUCGAUUUUGGCAGUGCUGGAGAAAAGUGUUACAUUGAAAAAUGUAGAAGGGGCACCGUUUCUUCGCAAUGUUGUCGCGGGUCUUUUGUUAAACUUUCUUAUCGACCGAUCGUCGGUAAACGUACAGGCAUUGCAACAGGAAAUUGUACCAACUAUAUGCAGUGUGUUGGAGAUCGACGGUACUGCGGGAGGAGAAUCCGCAAUGCAUAUGCUACAAAUACUAGGGAUAUUGGACGAUGCUGAUAUAGAAUUUCUAAAUGAAAGAUUAAUAAAAAUAUUGGUUGAUAUUUUGACGAGCGACACGUCGUCAGAACUUUCAGGAAUGUGUUUAGAACUCCUUCAUGGCCAAGCAGAAAAUGAAAAUGCAAAGCUGUUGCUCGCGAAAGCAGGAGUCUGCGAAUUAUUGUUGAAACUUUUGGAAAAACAUAGUCCGUAUUGCACAGACGAAGUAGCUAGGUCGGUGCUGAAAGUUGCUUGCAAUUUAAUCAUCCUCGUCUUAACUGGAGAUCAGAGUAUGAAUAGCUUGUACGACAACAGUAAUGGUGUUGUAUACAAAAAGUUAGUCGAGUGGCUUGACAGCGAAGACAAAGAUUUGCAAAUCACAGCGGUAUUAGCAAUGGGCAACUUCGCGCGUACCGAUGCCCAUUGCAAGCUCAUGGUUACUCAAGGUGUUCACAGGAGUCUUCUUAAACUUCUGCAGGAUAAUAACACGGACACUGCUGAUAUUAGAUUUCAACACGCGUUACUCAGUGCUUUGAGGAAUUUCGUUAUUUCUCCAGAUAAUAAACUUGUAAUAUUGAAAGAUGGGUUAAUAGACAUUUUACACUCAAUGUUAAGUAUUCCAUCUUAUCCUGUGGUUUUUAAAUUGUUGGGAACUUUAAGGAUUGUUAUUGACGGUCAAUGUGAAGCUGCUGUAGAAUUAGGGAAAAAAAGCGACUUAUUGAAGAAAACUGUUGAAUGGUGUGACGUAGAAGAGCACCCUGGAGUUCAGGGUGAAGCAAAUCGAUUAAUUGCAUGGUUAAUUAAUAACAGCAGGUGCAAGGAAAUUUCACUUUUGAUGAUAGAACACGGAGCAGUGCCGCAUUUAGUUAAAAUGUUGAUGUCCCAGCACAUCUUAAUGCAAAAUGAAGCGUUGAUUAGUUUAAUGAUAUUGACUACAAGCUGUUUAGCAGAUUGCGAGAAACUUCUGCUGGAGACUGAUAUAGGAGAAAAGCUUUGUAGAUUUUUUGAAGUCACAAACAACCUGGAAAUACCAAUUUUACAUAAUGCUAUCUCAUUGUUGGAUAAUAUCGUUAAUUCAGACGUAUUGAGAGAACAUAUUAGAAAAAGUAAUUUAAAAUCAUUGUGUCAAAAUAUGGUUGAUAACAACGGAGACUUGUCUGUCAGAGAUAAAUUAAAACAGAUUUGCGAGAAACUUAAUUGAAUAAGGAAAAUAUGAAUAUUAUAACUGUUUUAAGAGGUACGGGUAACCACAUUUCAAAUCUUUCUUCCCAGAUGAAAAUAAGUCUUCAUACUACAAUGUAUUCAACUGUCUCAUAUCAGAAGCAAUAUUUUUAUAAAAUCAUAGUUACGAGUAACAAGACACCCUGCAGAAACGUAACAAUUACGUUACAGUAUUAUUUUUAAUUAAAAUCAUCUUUCUAUUCUUAUCAGUUUCCGUUGUAACAUUCUGUUGCAUCGUUAUAAAUAGACUGCUGAUGUUUAUGCGUGCAUAUGGAAAAUAUGCAGAGAAUACACAAGUUAUUUGCAAAAUAACAAUUAUACCGAUUUCUGUCCAAGUUUUGCUAAUUGUAUAAAAUUACGAAUUUGCAUAAACAUCCUCUAUUUAGCUGUACGCGUUUAGUUGGUUAAUCUUCAAAUCAAAAUGAAUGUAUUUAUAUGUG